AUGGCGGAAGAGAUUGAUGACGAAACCAACGACAACAAGAAAUGGCAGGGCAAAGUCACGGCGAGAGUAACCAAAGCCACCGCCGACCAGAUAUGGCGGCUCUUCGCCGACUUCUUCCACAUCCACAAGUGGUUCCCCAACGUCCCUUCCAGCCGCGGCGUCCACGGCGCCAACGGCCACCCCGGCUGCGUCCGCUACUGCUCCGGCUUCUCCAUCCCCGCCGCCGGCGAGGCGGCGGUGAGCUGGUCAAAGGAGAGAUUGACCGCCGUCGAUCACGCCCGGCGGUUUCUAAGCUACGAGAUCGUCGAUUGCAACAUUGGGUUUGAAGGGUACGAAUCGACGGUCGAGAUCGUUCCUGAUGGGAAAGGGUGCGCGAUCGAGUGGGGGUUCACCGUAGAUCCUGUGGAGAGCUGGACACUGGAUUGUUUGGUGCGGAAGUAUGAGUCGGCCCUGGAGGCCGCGGCCCGGAGAAUGGAGGAAGAGAUUGGAUCGGGUUGA